UUAACAUCAGGGGUUUUUUUUGCGAAAAUAUAAAAUUAUUGCAAACAACAAUUUGUUUUGUGAAUUUAAUAGAAGUUGCAGAAUCAAUAAUUGCCAAUUCUGUGUCUCAGAGCUCUAGAAAUUGUACUUUCUGCUUUUCUGUGUGUGUGUGUUUGUUUUAAACUGCACAGCUGUUUGGUUUGGCUGCAAGACUCCUGCCCUCCAUGCCCGGCUUCCAUGUUAAUGAAAUGGGCGAAAUGGUUUUAACGUCCAUCGAUGAUAUCGGCGUCGUGGAUGUCUACGAUCUGGCCUCAGAUAUAGGCAAGGAAUAUGAACGGAUUAUGGAUCGCUUUGGCACGGAUGCUGUCAGUGUCCUGAUGCCCAAGAUAAUCAAUACUUUAGAAUUGCUUGAGGCUUUAGCAACUAAAAACGAACGUGAAAAUGCUACCAUACAGGAUUUACGUGACAAAAUUGCCCAACUGGAAAGUGAGAAGCUAGAAAAGGCGGAAUUUCGUCGACGUUUUGAAAAAGAGUUAGAAUUGAUUGAAGAGCAGUGGCGCAGUGAGACCAAUGAGCUGGUUGAUUUAGUCUCAUCGCUGCAGGAUGAGAACAAGCGGCUAGUAAAACAGACACAGGACUUGCAAUCUUCUUCAGCACAAAGUUCUGGCUUAGGGGCUAGUCUGACGGAGAGCAUUAUUUCUAUGACUAACAAUGAGUUGCACAGUAGCUUGUCAGAUACUCAAGUUUUGCAGCGCCUCAAGGAGCAAAUUUACAAACAACGAAGUGAACUAAAGCAGCGUGAAUGCGAACUGCAAGACAAGUUCAGCGAGCUGGAGCAUCUUAAUAUCCAGGCUGAACGCCUAAAGGCUUCUGAGCGAGACACGAGACGCCGUCACAAACUAAUGCAAGCUCAGGUAAAAAACUUGUGUGAAGAGCGAGCUGAUUUUUUAGCCCAACUGCAGGAUCAGUCUCGGGAAAUCAAUCAAUUGCGUAAACGUCUUGGCCUGGCUGAGAAGGAAAACGAGGAUCUGGUUCAGUCUUAUGAUGAGGAUCAAAAUGAUCCUAAUCGGCCUCGAUACACGACACGUGAGCUCAAAGAGCUUAUCAGCGAACGAGACGAGUUACUUACUACAAUUGAUAGCCUCAAUGAGCAACUGGCCGAACUGAAGCCUUCAAGCCGAGUGAAGGACAAACGUUUGCGUUCAAUUUCAAGCUCUGAUGACAGCGUUAAAGAUGACCACGUGGAAAACAAAGAAAAUGAAAAUGACGAACCGGGUGAUGGUGUUGAACUCAAAGUACCCGCUACGGGUGAAACGCCGCCUGGUCAUGAUGCACCCGUUCAAGGACCUUUGCCCUAUGAGCCAGAUGAUGCACCCUGGAAAAAAAGUUCGGAGUCGGGCAUACGAAAAUUUUUCCGUAAACUGUUCUCGGAUCCAUCGGAUGGCACUAAUACAUUUCCAAAACGUUCCUUAGCGACGCUCUCCAAAAUGGCUUUAUCAGCCACACCGGGCACUAGUUCAGGCGAGGUUGCGAAAUAAAUACAAAAAUUGCAAAUUCCCAUAAUCAGUUCUCCGAUUAACCUGAAACCAAUUUUUUUUUGGGUGGUUGUGGUUGCCUUUAUCUAAAAUGGAAGAGAGGUCUCACCAUGCUACUCAGUGUCUACUAGACCCUUUGGACCACUGUAACUUAUAGAAAUCGGCCUAAAAGCAAAAAUGUGUUUGAAUGAGACAGCAAAUAUCUCGCAUGCUCUUGGACCUAUGUCGAGAUACGUAAAUUGCUAAUGUGUAAAUACGUUAACACUUGCGGCAAGUGGUUUAUGUGGAUACGUUGCGGCUGAUUUAAAAAGCAAUAUUUUCCGAAAUGACUAAGCUUAGGUCAGCUCAAAAAACAAAAAGUAUUCUGCUUUGCUCUGCUCUCAUAAUUUGUGCGAUUUCUAGGGCCACAAAUGGCAGAUCAAUCAUAUUUGCUUUUGCUAUUGCUGUGUGAAAUAUUGAAAUAUUACACCGUGGAACAUUCAAGGGCGUAUCCAGGUAUGAGCAGUCUUAGAUCAAAAUGUAUACUUUAAGGAUUUAAGGAUAUUAUUGAAUGGGUGAAAGUUUGAUAUUUUUUGCCAUCUGUGGAUCAUAAAAUCAUUAGAAGUCUGAAUCACUACUUGGCAUAAUGACGAAAGCAAACUUCAGAAGCUUAUUAUGAAACUGUAUCUUUUUAUCCCCUUUGAAUUCUGGGUCUGUAUGUUUUGGCCAAUUCGAAUUUUGUUGUCGUUGUCGGUUCACGGAAAUUUAUUUUAAAUCUACUACAGAUCCGUAUGAGUUUGAAUUCUUUUGUAGAGGAUUUCAGAUUACCUAAUACAUAUGAAUUAUUCAGCAGCAGAAAACAAAGCUAAACCGCCUUUUCUAUUUGGCUGCUUCAUUUAAUAUGAAUUUAUAUACAUUCGUAAGUAAUCCAAAAAAUGGGAAAACGGGACAAUGCUUGUUUUCAUUAUCAAGAAGUGAAAAUUGUUACAAUCUACCAACACAACUUUUUUAAUUGUUUUUAAUUAACCCAAAAUUUGAGAUUUAUGUAAUAGCUUAAUUUGUAUACCAAAUAACUUAAGAUAUGAAAAAAGUUAAAUUUAUUUGAUUUAAAAAUAAUUAGCAGUGAACAUUAAUAACUAGUAUUUAAAUGAGAUUGUGUUGCCUAUAUAUGCGUAUAUUAUUAAUACAUUAAAUGAUUAUACUAUAAAUG